ACAGAUCGUGAAUUUCGGCAGGGGCGGUUGGGUUGGGGUAUUCAGUAAUUUAUAAUUAUUUAGUUUGACGCAUAUAUCCUUCAAUGUUCGACGUUUGUAUAUUUGCAAACGCCUGUCUUCGUUUUCUGUUGUGUCGUCAUUGAUUAUCGGAUAAAUUCGUUUUUCGUCAAGUUAAUCUCUUUAUAAACAUAUAUAUUUACACACACGCGAAAAAUUAAACACUGCUUGGGAAUAGGCUAUAUAGAGAACGCAAGUGCGUGUUAUAUUGGUUUUAUUCGUAAUCGUCCAUUUCACACAAUAGAAACGAAAUAUAAAUCGUUGCCAGCCGAUUUCUGCUGGCCAGAAAAUGGUACGAGGUCAAAAAUGCGACGAAUUGUUGCUGGAAAAAUCAGUGGAGAAGGAGAAUUUAAAGGAACAUUUAACGCCAUCAUCAAAGACAAACAGCUGUUCAUCGUGUAAUAAAAUUGUUGAAGGAACGUCAGAAAUGGCUCAAGAUGAUAACACACCCUGGGAUAGUUUGCCAAGUGUUAUUUUGCUGGAAAUUUUUUCUUAUCUACCACAUUUUAGUCGAUUGCAAGCAUCUCAGGUUUGUAAAAAUUGGAGAUAUGCAUUGUUCCAUCCAAGUUUCUGGAAGAAAAUCACAUUUUCGUUCAAAGAUGAAGACAGCGUGGCAUGGGCAAGGUUCCUGAUGAGUUGCUUUGGUUUGAGUGUGCAAGACGUCACAGUAAAUUGCGAAACAUCUGGUGUCUAUGUGAAAGAAGCCGUAAAUCUUUUAAAAAAAUUAAGCAACAAUAAACAACUACGUAAAUUAUUUUUGGAACCAACUAAUUGUACAUAUGAGUGGCCCAUUAGAAUAGAAAACGAAGAUGAAUGGAUUCGAACAUUUUCAAGUUCAGUGAUGGAAUCGCUUGUAAAAAUAAUUGAGACGGCAAAUUGUUUAGAAGGUCUGAGUUUAGGAUGCAUCGAAGAACUGACAUCGAGUGCUAGUAUGAUUUUGGAACCUUUACAACAUUAUCAUGCCAAACACUUGACUUCCCUCUGUUUAGCAUCAGUAAAAGACGAUCCGGAUCAUUAUGAUUUUUUAGAAUUGGACACUAGUCUCUUUAGUUCCUUCUGCCGAUUAACUGUAUUGACAAUUGAUUAUGAUUAUGUCAACGAUACAUUACUUAAUUCAUUGGAUAAUGGAGUACUUGAGAGAUUUGUUAUUCACGUUCAUGGCUUAGAUGAUGAUUAUCCAGGAACUUCCAAUCAAGCAUGGGACAAUUUUACCCAAAAAAAUCCCGCGUGUGAAUUGCGUUUGAAUCUGAUCCACGCUUAUGUGGCUAUAAAAGAUCUUGAUUCAAAAAUUCUUCAGCCAGCAAUGCCCUUAACGCAAUUGAAAGCACUUUUUUGCGAACAUAUCAAUAUAAGUGCAUUGCAUUGUAUAUCGAUUUGGUAUCCAAACACUCUUCAAUCGCUCGUGUGGAUUGAUUCUGUUGAUCAUACGAAAGAUUUGCCUGCAACAUUUGAUCCACACGAACCAAACAGUCCGGAUCCAUUGGUUGUUGUGGCCUGGAAAUGCACGAAAUUGGUGGAAAUGGUUUUCAUAGGACAUAAGUAUGCUCAGGAAAAUUUAUUAGCAAUCGCACGUCUCCGCGGAAAUACAUUGCAUCGGCUUGUAUUCUCUGAAAGUGAUAUCGCAGCUGACGAAGCAUCAUACGAUGGUGAAAAUAUUAUGGAAGAAAUCAAGGAGAUUUUAGGAUCUCGUUGGGAUCCAAUAAGUGAUGGACGACUUCCAGCGGUUGUCAUCGAUCCUUUAAUUGGCGACAGUCGAGAAGUAAUAAUGCCAAUGGUACUUCACGAUCAAAAGUAAAUUCUCUUCUCACAUGGUUCCAAGCCGAAGUCUUUCAAAUCAUCAAUCGACAAAGAACAACAUUUUCGAAGAAAAACAAAAAACCAAAACAACUUUCAUCUCUUAUUUUUUCCCAUGGAUUCCAUACAUCACUCUACAUUUUUUCUGAUGAUGUCUCAUCGUGAAUGGUUGCGAUAUAAAAACAAUUAAGAGCUGCAAAUGACGUAAGUAGCAAACUGAUAGUCCAAAUAAUUUAGAACAAAUAUUAUAUGUAAUUGUCCAUCGUUCUUCGACCAAAUAACCAAUUACCAAAAUAAUCAAAUGAAACGAAUCUUCAGGACAAAUUUUUGUUUUGAAAUCUAUAUUGUUUUUGGAUUAUUUUUCAUUCACAAAAAAAUAGACCUGGAAUAUGUUUGUCUAAAAAAAAAUUGAACAAGAAAAAUCAGGGAUUUCCAUUUUUAAGUCUCUCUGUGUGAGAAAAAAAAAUUGACGACGCGAUUAUUUUAUAUUUUAUAUCAAAUUUCCUGAGGAAAUCUCGCAUUUGUCACUAAACAAAAAAAUCCAACUAGACAACAGGGCUACGUUAGGGCCCCACGUGACCUAAAACCCAUUACACAGGGUAAAUAUUAAUGUAUAUUAAAUAGGGAAAAAAGGAUUUAAAAAAAAUAAGAGAAAGAAAGAGAAAAGCUCCAUGAAUAAAAAAAUGACGUCCGAUUUAGAGAAGAACAGGUCUGAAUUCCUAAGAUCUUCCAUCAGAAAAUUUUAUUUAUGAUUCACACACACAUAGUUAGGGACGUUUACAGAUAUUUUUCCAACCUGCUGAGAAACUUAGUUUGUAGAAAAAGAAAACACGUACACAAAAAAUAAAAAAAACGAGUGAAAGUGUUAAAAAUAAAGAAUGAACGGGAUAUAUAGAAGGAAAGAACGAGUGAAAGCGAAAGUUAUAAAUUGAACAUCAAAAAAAAAAGUCAGGAAUAUUUUACAUAAAUCGUUUUCAAGAACGAAUAUCUCGAAGUAAUAUCGAUUAUAGCAUUCCGAGGUUAUUUUUAAUACCAAAACCAAUCGGAUGCACGUGUAUAAAAAAGGGGAAAAAUGCAAAAAAAAAUAAUAAAAUAAAACCGUUUCUCAUUUGAGAGAGCGCAAAAUAUUAAUAAUAUCUAAAUAAUCUUAGAUGAUUUAGUCUUUAAUCAUUAUAAAUGUAUCUAUUUGAAGCAAUUAAAUUUUUCAAUGUUUCAUGUGUAUAAAAAAGGCCAAUGAACGCAAUAGGCAAAUGGAAUAUCAAUCGUCGAAAAAUUUAUUUAUAUAUAUAAUGCUAAAUGUGAUUUACGAUUUCUUUAAAAAAAAUAACUCGCAGACGAUUUUUUCUUUUAGAAAAAAAAUAGAGGAAAAAAAAAUGAUUCCAAAAAUGUCAUUGCCUACUUAUCGAAAAAAGGUAAAGUUCCGCGCAAAAAUAAUGUUGAGCUUGAUCUAUAAACGAAAAGCGAAAAUAAAAUAUUAAAAAAAAGAGAUAGUAUUUUAGAGAAUUAGGGAGCAUCAGGAAUACGAAGUGACUUAGAUGAAUUAAAAAAAUACUUGUCCAACAAGAUUAAUGGAGGAAAACAAGAAACAAAAUAAUAAUAAUAAUUAAAUAAAGGAACGGGCCUUAAUAUGUACCUGAGUCGCGCCAAGCGUUAAAAAUAAAAAUGAAAAACAAAUGAAUUAAAGCGCGACAACAAUCCAAAAUAAUCCUAAGCACCUGAGAGAAAAAGCGUGAAAUUUCGUGGCAAUCUUCAACGCAUCAUGAAUGUGUUGACUACUGUAAUUAUAAACUAGAAAAAAAAACAUCAACGAACGUGAACAACUAUUGUUAGGAAAAAAAUUUUUGAGUUGUAAAAGAAAGGAAUUUUUUAACAUUAAAAGGGAAUAUUUUAGAAUCGUAAACUGAAAUUAACUUUUGGAUUGGCAAUUUUUUAUAUAUUAUUUUAAUUAAUACAAUAAUUAUUGCAUUAAUUAGAAUAUUAUUAAUUAACUAGUACAAUAUGAAUAUAAAAUUAGUUGAAUUUUAUUAAUUAUCUAAUAACAAUUUAUAAAAUUCAAUUGAUUAAAAAAAUUCAAUUAUUUCCGAAAAUUAAUCUUUUGAAAUUUAAUUAUUUUUUAUCUCAAUUAUUUUGUAAAUUCGGUAUUUAUUCUGAAAUCGUGAUUUGAGAUUCCAUGGAAAUCAAAUAUUUAAAUAGUUCAUCAAUUAAUAAAUUUAAAGAAAUUUUUAAUUUGAAUAAAAAAAUUGAAAUUAAAGAAAAUUUUUUGACUUAAAAAAAUUGAAUUAAAAGAAACUUUUGAUUUAAAAGAAUUGAAUAAAAAAUAGAGGUGUGCAAAAAGCUCGAAUAGCAUGGUCGAGCUCGAGUCGGGCUCGAUACUCGAACCAGGCUCGAGUUUUAGUUACUCAAAAAUAUUUGAGUGCUCGAAAAAUUCAAGUGCUCAAAAUUAUUUUAGGUUUAAUACUGCACGUGUCGGAUGGAAUUUGGUUCAAGUUCGGAUUGAUUCUGCUCAGCUCUGCUAGAAAAACGAAAAGCUUGAAAUACUCGAUCGAGCUUUUUGCACAACUCUAAUAAAAAACAAAUUGUAAUUUAGAAAAAAA